AUGACACAGAAUUUAUUGUGCAGUAAACAAGAAAUCACCCGAAGAAUUCCUAGUAGCGCUCAAACAUCAAUCAGUUGGUCCGGCUAUCAAUGGUUCUUGAAGGAUCAGCCGAGCUGGGGUCCAGGUCCGAACGAGUGGUCUUCGAGUAAUGUGUGGAUCGAUCAGAACAAUCGUUUGCAUCUCAAGUUGCGUCAAUCAGGACCUAAUGGCAGGUGUACGUGCGCCGAAUUAUAUACUCAAACAAAGUUUGGCUAUGGUACUUAUCGAUGGUAUGUGGAAGGAACCAUUGAUCGUUUUGAUCCAAAUGUUGUCGUGGGUCUAUUCACAUAUGGAGGUGUCGAUGGUAUAAACGAGAUUGAUAUUGAAGUAGCCAAAUGGGGACAAACAUCUUCGAAUGCGAGCAAUUUAUUCUAUACAGUCUAUCCGAGCUCCUUAGGGGGCCAAAGUUCGACAUCUUCGAGUACACUUAUGUCUCUUGAAGGUACCUACACAAGUCACCAGUUCACUUGGUCAACGUAUCAAGUUGAUUUUAAGAGUCAACAUGGUCAUUUCAUUGAUCCAAAUUACAAUGUCUUCUCUUCCUAUCAAACACCAUCAUCAUUCAACUGUCUUAUACCACAAGAUACCGCUCCGCUUCACAUGAACUUAUGGCUCUUUCAAGGCCAGGCGCCGAUCGACGGUCAAGAAGUCGAAGUGAUCAUUCACAAUUUCCAAUACACUCCAAUAUGUCCAAUAUGA